AUGGGAGAAAGACCAGAAUGGUGGAAAGCGUCUGUCGGUCGACGGGCGGGCGAAACAUGGCUUCCAUUAGCUCAGGACGAUCGUUCUCGUGCGCGAACGAAAGGGAUCAAGCAGAAGUCAUGGUUCCAACUCAAUAACGUGAUUGAGAAGGAAUCUAGACCAAGCUUUUCGUCAUCCUCCGAAGCAAUUUAUCCCGGCGAGACUCCUAAUAGCGUGAUCAAGAUCAGACUUUAUCCCAUAAAGCCUCAGAAGAUUCUUCUUAACAAAAUGUUCGGAACGCAUCGAGCAGUCUACAACAAGCUUGUAGAAAGUUCAAGGGAGGAUUGUUACAAGCUCAAGCUUUCCGAGCUUUCGCAGAAGUAUCGUUCGAUCUCUAGAAGCACUCGAUGA